GACUGAAUCUCUGACCAAUAAAAUGUCGACUCUAAGAUUGAACAAAUGCAAACCACACCAAAACCCUACUCUGUUCUGCUUUCAGUGGUCGUUACUUCUCUGCCUUCGCUCCGCCGCCCGCCGCCCGCCGCCGCUUCUCUCCCCUUCAGCUCCGCCUUGUGCUAACUGUUAUCGUCAGUUUCCCUGAAAGAUGAAGAGGAUGAUAGCCCUUGGCUUUGAAGGAUCGGCGAACAAGAUUGGCGUCGGCGUCGUGACGUUAGAUGGCACCAUCCUUUCAAACCCACGUCAUACCUACAUUACACCUCCAGGACAAGGGUUUCUUCCCCGAGAAACUGCCCAGCAUCAUUUCCAACAUGUGCUUCCACUAGUCAAAGAAGCAUUGAAGACAGCCCAAGUAACCCCGGAUGAAAUUGACUGCCUCUGUUACACCAAGGGUCCCGGCAUGGGAGCACCACUUCAAGUUUCUGCUAUCGUCGUGCGAGUUCUUUCCCAGCUGUGGAAGAAGCCAAUUGUUGCAGUUAACCACUGUGUAGCACAUAUUGAGAUGGGGAGGAUUGUGACUGGGGCAGAUGACCCUGUUGUUUUGUAUGUCAGUGGUGGGAAUACACAGGUGAUUGCUUACAGCGAAGGGCGAUACAGAAUCUUUGGGGAGACCAUUGACAUAGCUGUUGGGAAUUGCUUGGACCGUUUUGCUAGGGUCUUAACACUCUCCAAUGAUCCAAGCCCUGGAUAUAACAUUGAGCAGCUUGCAAAGAAAGGAGAAAAAUUCAUUGAGCUUCCAUAUGUUGUCAAAGGAAUGGAUGUUUCCUUCAGUGGAAUACUGAGCUACAUUGAAGCAACAGCCGAAGAGAAGCUCAAGAAUAAUGAAUGCUCCCCGGCAGAUUUGUGUUAUUCCCUUCAGGAAACUUUGUUCGCAAUGCUUGUGGAGAUUACAGAAAGGGCAAUGGCACAUUGUGACAAGAAAGAUGUUCUUAUAGUUGGUGGUGUUGGUUGCAAUGAGCGUUUGCAGGAGAUGAUGAGAACAAUGUGCUCCGAGCGGGGUGGAAGGUUGUUUGCCACUGACGACCGGUACUGCGUUGACAAUGGAGCAAUGAUAGCAUACACCGGUCUGCUUGAGUUUGCUCACGGCUCAUCAACACCACUUGAGGAGUCUACAUUCACCCAGCGUUUCCGGACUGAUGAGGUGCAUGCUAUCUGGAGAGAAAAGGAGUCUCUCAAGGAGAAGGGUGCAUGAGUUGGAUUGAUUUGGAGAUUAGAUGGGUCACUUCUGCAUUGCCUUACAAAAGAGGACCACAACUACAUUAGCUCAUGCAUUAUUGAAAAUGUUAACGAAAUAGCCUGGGAAAGUAGAUGCAUUGGUCAUACAGCCUAUGUUGUUUAUCUAAUGUGCUAAAUAUAUAGGCACAACAAUUGUUAUUUGAAAACGCCAUCGUCACUCAUCUAUUGGUUUUAUGUGAUUUUAUGUCACCCAAGUAUUGUACAACUUGAUAACCCAAGAUCUUUUGCUUUCACUAAUAAAAGGGGAAGAUUAUCCCUGACCAUUAAGUUGUUGGCUCUUUGAGACCUUGUGUUUUGAUGUAGAUUAUGAGGGAACAGAUGUUGAAAUCAGUUGUUAUAUAAAAUUUCAUGGGUGGAUAAAAAAGUAAACAUGAUUGA